CCCCGCUCCGGGCCACGGGCCCGCUCCGCCGCGGGGCAGGCGCGGCCCACCCCGCGCUCCCAGCCGGAGUCCGAGCCGCAGCCGCCGCCUGGGGCGCUCGGGUCAGCCGCGGGGACACCGGAGCGGGCGCCACGCCGCCGCCUCAGAUCUGAAAGAAGACAGCUCCAAACCACAGAUCCACAACAAAAGGAGCACUUUCUCAAACAAGAGUUAUCCUUCAACGAAAUUACCAUGGUCGACACAGAGAUGCCAUUCUGGCCCACCAACUUUGGGAUCAGCUCUGUGGAUCUUUCUGUAGUGGAUGACCACUCACACUCCUUUGACAUUAAGCCCUUCACCACCGUUGACUUCUCCAGCAUUUCUGCUCCACACUAUGAAGACAUCCCAUUCACAAGAAGUGACCCGAUGGUUCCUGAUUAUAAGUACGAUCUGAAGCUCCAAGAGUAUCAAAGUGCAAUCAAAGUGGAACCUGCCUCCCCACCCUAUUACUCGGAAAAGACUCAGCUCUACAGCAAGGCUCAUGAGGAGACUUGCAGCUCCCUCAUGGCGAUUGAAUGCCGUGUCUGCGGGGACAAAGCUUCCGGCUUCCAUUAUGGAGUUCAUGCUUGUGAAGGAUGCAAGGGUUUCUUCCGGAGGACCAUCAGAUUGAAGCUGAUUUAUGAUAGGUGUGAUCUGAACUGUCGAAUCCACAAAAAAAGUAGAAAUAAAUGUCAGUACUGUCGAUUUCAGAAAUGCCUUGCUGUGGGGAUGUCUCAUAACGCCAUCAGGUUUGGGCGGAUGCCCCAGGCCGAGAAGGAGAAGCUGUUGGCUGAGAUCUCCAGUGACAUCGACCAGCUGAACCCAGAGUCUGCCGAUCUCCGAGCCCUGGCAAAGCAUUUGUAUGACUCAUACAUAAAGUCCUUCCCGCUGACCAAAGCCAAGGCGAGGGCGAUCUUGACAGGAAAGACAACAGACAAAUCACCGUUUGUUAUCUAUGAUAUGAAUUCCUUAAUGAUGGGAGAAGAUAAAAUCAAGUUCAAACACAUCACCCCACUGCAGGAACAGAGCAAAGAGGUAGCCAUCCGCAUCUUUCAGGGGUGCCAGUUCCGCUCAGUGGAAGCUGUGCAGGAGAUCACAGAGUAUGCCAAGAGUAUUCCUGGAUUUGUAAACCUUGACUUGAAUGACCAAGUAACUCUCCUUAAAUACGGUGUUCAUGAGAUCAUUUACACGAUGCUGGCUUCCUUGAUGAAUAAAGAUGGAGUUCUCAUAUCAGAGGGACAAGGAUUCAUGACGAGGGAGUUCCUAAAGAGUCUGCGAAAGCCCUUUGGUGACUUUAUGGAGCCCAAGUUCGAAUUUGCUGUGAAGUUCAACGCACUGGAAUUAGAUGACAGUGACUUGGCAAUAUUCAUAGCUGUCAUUAUUCUCAGUGGAGACCGCCCAGGCCUGCUGAACGUGAAGCCCAUCGAGGACAUCCAGGACAGCCUGCUGCAGGCGCUGGAGCUGCAGCUCAAGCUGAACCACCCCGAGUCCUCGCAGCUGUUCGCCAAGCUGCUGCAGAAGAUGACGGACCUCAGGCAGAUCGUCACGGAGCACGUGCAGCUCCUGCAAGUGAUAAAGAAGACGGAGACGGACAUGAGCCUCCACCCGCUCCUACAGGAGAUCUAUAAGGAUCUGUACUAGCAGAGGCCGAGCCCCGGGCAGCGCUCCUGCAGUUGCACUAUUCUGUUGAGGGAAAUUCUGACACCUAUAAAAUUCACUGUGAAAAAAAACAUUUAAAAAGAAAACAUUUUAGAAUAUGAUCUAUUUUAUGCAUACUGUUUAUAAAUAUACAUUUACAAUUUACUUUUAAUAUUAAAAAAUUGCCAUAUUAUGUAAUUGCUGAUAGUAUUGGAAGACUGAGUGUGAUGUGUUACCCACCUCAACCCCUUGGGUUUUCCCACCUUUUAUUUUCUUUCUUCCUGCUUCUCUCCCUUCCUUCCUUCUUGUAGACAUUUAUCUCAAUGUGAAUGGAACUGUUGAUAAACUUUAACCUUUAGUAAAUUAAUUUUUUACUCAAUUUA